AUGUCCACGCAAGAACAACUAGCUCGAGAGAGGUGCGUGUCAGGAAGAAUACAAAUUCAAGUAUGGUACCACGACGAAAGAAAGGAACUAGUCGUUGCGGUUCUGGCAGGAGACGACUUAGCAGCUAGAGAUGAUAGUUUAGGAUUCGGUUCCCUUCCGGAAGCCUACGCUAGGUUGUGCUUACUACCUCUAACAGCUGAAGAACAUUGUGUACAAACUGAAGUAGCCCCGGCCAGUCAAAACCCCAUUUGGAAUGCCAACUUAAGUUUUCCGAACGUUCCAGGUGAAGAGCUAAUGGAACGAGUUUUAGAAAUCACUUUGUGGGAUUUGAUCCCACAUAACGAACAUGCCUUUCUUGGAGAAUGUUCCGUAGAUAUUCAAAAGGCGUUUCUGGACGACAGGGCCGUUUGGUGCAGGCUUGAGGAUCCCAGGCAGUUGAGGGGCAAAUCUCCACACACCUCACCUAGAGGAUCUAUUGCCGGGGAGGAAAAAGAACAGAUUUCGGGAACCAAAGGAGUGUAUCAGAUGAUGUCGACUCUAUAG